AUGUUCAGCAGGCUCUCGCUUCUGGGCUUUGAGUUGCGCGUGCUCUUGAACCGCUGCGAGAGACGAAUCUUGACGACUAUGUACCAGGUCAGUCUCGAGCCGGAAAGCCCAACGAGACCCAUGGAGACGCGGAAGCAGGUGGACGUGACGACGGAGGAAGUCGUGGUGGGGACCACUCACCUCUACCGCGCCGAUGGCAGCAUUCGGCUGAUCCCUAUGCCAUCGCCAGAUCCCAAGGACCCUCUUAAUCUGCCGCUAUGGAGAAAGUAUCUCGCCGUCAGCAUCGUCUGCUUCUUCGGCGCUCUCGCGCUGACAGCCGAAGUGGUCGUCGGCGGCCUGAUCCCGAUAUUCAUCCUGGAGUACGCGGGCGUGGACCCGCACUACAUUAACGAGGUCGACUUCACGGACCGGCGCCGCGGCCCGCCCGGAAGCCCCCUGACGGUCCUCCCCAAGGGCGUCCGACCGCCGGACCUGGGCCGCAUAACGCUGCUGGUGACGAUCCCGCUCCUGACCAACGGCAUCGCGUCCUACUUCCUCGUGCCGCUGAGCAUCGCCGUCGGGCGGCGGCCGAUCCUCCUGCUCGCGUCGACGUGCGCCUGGGUCGGCGGCCUCUGGGCGGCCAUGAGCACCAGCCUCGACUCGCACCUGGCCGCCCGGGCGCUGCAGGGGCUCGGGGCCGGCGCGGUCGAGGCCCUGAUCCCGCUCGUCGUCCAGGACAUGUUCUUCCUGCACCAGCGCAACACGUGGAUGUCGGUCGUCGUGUCGUCGCAGGGCCUCCUCAUCAUCUCGGUGGGCAUCGCCACGCCUUACAUUGCGGCAAACUACUCGUGGCGCUGGAUCUACUGGAUCACGUCCGGCUUCGGCAUCUUCGCCUGGGUGCUGUUGCUGUUCUUCAUGCCCGAGACGCGGUUCACUAGGUGCAAGAAGGCCCUCGUCGGCGAGGCCCGUCCGCAGAUCGACCACCUCAACUACGCGCCGCGCACCAUCUGGACCGAGAUCGGCGUCUUCAACUGCGGGUUCGAGUGGCGCGAGGCGGGGGUCAGCAUGCUCAACACGCUGCGGACGACGCUCUUCCCCGUGGUGCUGUGGACGACGCUUACGAACAGCGCCUUCAUCAUCGCGGCGCAGGCCACGCAGCAGAUCUCGGCGUUUGCGCUGCUGGCGCAGGGCUGGCGGUACGAGCACACGGGCCUCUCGUUCGCGCCGUUUGUCGUCGCGGCCAUCUUCGUCUACGUGUUCGCCGGGCCGGUGGCCGACAAGCUCAGCCUCGCCACGACGAGGUGGCAGGCCAGGCACAUGACGAGGAAGAGCGCCGAUGGCGAAGACGGCAUGGUCCCGGGUGGGGUCCCGGCGACGACCGAGAACCUCCGAGAGGCGGAGCACAACCUGCCCAACUUUGUGCUGCCGUUCGUGGCGGGCAUCGCGGGGGCGUUCCUGUUCGGGGCGUCGGCGCAGCAGAACCUGCACUGGGCCGUCACGCUGACGGGGUCGUUCCUCAUCAUCUUUGGGUACCUGACGACGCUGACGCUGGCCAACGUCUUCGCCAUCGAGAGCUACCCCAUGUGGGCGGGCCCGGUGCUGGUCAACGUCAGCAGCAUGCGCAUCAUCAUCGCCUUCUUCAUGGCCAGCCAGGCCACCACCUGGGUGCAGACGAAGGGCGCCAUGGCGACGUUUGCCAUCUACGGCGAGACGCUCAUCGUGGUCAGCCUGGGCAUCGUGGUGCUCUUCUUCUUUGGGAAAAAGAUCCGGCGCUGGACGGCGGGCAAGGUCAAGCUCAGCGUCGUCAAUGACGGUCGCGAGCCCGACGGGGGUGGUCGUGGCACGAGGGGAAUAACUAGUGGAGUGAUGGGUCUGAGGAGGAAAAGUCAGGGGUUUGAGAUGAUCUGA